UUACUUGACAUGUUAAAUAAUUUGUUUGAUGAAGGGAAAGAAAUUUCGGAAUAUGUGGAUGAAAUUAUACCGGUGGAGUCCGAUAAUGAGGAUGUUGUGGAUAUUAUGAAUGUAGCGGAUGAUGAUACGUUAGUUGGAGAUGGCGUGAUUGUGCUCGAGCCGGGUAUGAAAUUUAAGGAUGAAAAUGAAAUUUUUGAUUUGUACAAAAGAUAUGCAUAUGAAAUUGGUUUCCCGGUCAGGAAACGAAAUUCGGUAAAGGAUGAUGACGGAGUAUUGAGAAAUGUUAUAUUUGUUUGUAGCCGUGAAGGGAAAAGAAUAAAAAAUACAAGCGGUUCUUUGAAACCGCAAGCAACCAUGCAGAGUGGAUGUAAAGCAAGGAUCUGCGCAUCCAAAGAUGUUUGUGGAAUAUGGAAGAUUAACAAGGUACAUCUAGACCAUAAUCAUAAGACAAGCCCUUCGACGUCUAGGUUGUAUCGAUGCAAUCGAGAGUUGAGUGCACAUGUUAAACGAAGACUCGAAGUGAAUGACAUGGCAGGAAUUCCAUUACACAAGAGCUUCAACUCUGCAGUUGUUGAAGCGGGUGGGUAUGAGAAUUUGAGUUGCAUCGAGAAGGAUUGUCGUAACUAUGUUGAGAAAGUUAGGCGUUUAAGACUUGGACAAGGGGACGCAUCAGCACUACAAUCAUACUUCUCUAAAAUGCAGGCACAGUGCGCGAGCUUUUACUUUAGUAUAGAUCUGGAUGAUGAUUUGCGUCUAAAGAAUGUUUUUUGGGCAGACUAUAGGAGUAGGCAAGCAUAUAAGGAGUUCGGUGAUGUUGUCACAUUUGACACCACAUACCUCACGAAUAAGUACGAUAUGCCAUUUGCUCCUUUUGUUGGAGUGAACCACCAUGGACAGUCGACACUCCUUGGAUGUGGUCUGGUCUCGAAUGAGGAUACAGAGACAUUUGUCUGGCUUUUUCGAACCUGGCUGCAAUGCAUGCAUGGAGUGGCUCCGCAUGGGAUAGUUACGGAUCAGGAUAGGGCUAUGCAAAAUGCAAUCCAGAUUGUGUUUCCCAAUACAAAGCAUAGAUGGUGUUUGUGGCACAUAAUGAAGAAGUUGCCUGAGAAGUUCGGAUACCAUGCGGAUAAGGGGUCUAUAUUCGCUACUAUACACAGUUUGGUCUACGAUUGUCAGUUUGUAGAAGAUUUCGAAAACGGUUGGAGAGUGAUGGUAGAAAGGUUUCACUUAUAUGAGAAUGAGUGGUUGGCGGGUUUGUACGAGAAUAGAGAACGUUGGGUACCUUGCUAUUUAAAAACCACAUUCUGGGCAGGGAUGUCAACUACUCAACGCAGUGAGAGUAUGCAUGCAUUCUUUGAUGGUUACGUACAUUCGAAGACGACGUUGAAGCAAUUUGUUGAACAAUACGAACAAGCAUUGAGAAACAAGGUUGAGAAGGAGUUUCAAGCAGACUUCAAGUCGUUCUCGCAAAUGAUACCAUGCGCAUCAAGAUAUGGAAUUGAGAAGCAAUUUCAAGCAGUUUACACAAUUUCGAAAUUUAAGGAAGUUCAAGAGGAGUUCACGGGUAAAAUGUACUGCGACCUUGUUUCUGUCUCUGAUGGAUUAUCGGGGGCAACGUACGAGGUACGGGAGGAUGUAAUAUAUGACGAGCAUUCGAAGAAAAAAAGUUUUUUUGUCUCAUUUCAAAGAGACGAAUGUGAAAUCACUUGCAGUUGCCACAACUUUGAGUUUCGAAGGAUUAUUUGCAGACAUAUGAUCGCAGUAUUGGUCCGUAAUGAUGUGAAAUCCAUACCCGAAAGAUAUAUAUUACGGAGAUGGCGACGAGAUGUGAGUAGGGCCCACACGAGGGUACCCGUGUGCUAUGAUGGUUUGAUUAGUACGCCAGGGCAAUUGAAGUACGACAAAAUGUGUCAACGCUUUGGGACAUUGGCCGAUCUAACAGCAGAAGAUGAAGCGAAAUCUGAUGCAAUAAUUGAUUGGAUUGACAGUCAAUGUGAAGAGAUGAUGGAAACAAAUCGUAUUAAUAGUAAUGUCCUCUCCUCGCAUACGACUCAGACAUCAUUCCAAUGUGGAGCUCCAGAGGAUACUGGAAGUGGUAACAUAAGGGAUCCAGAAUAUGUGAAAAGAAAAGGUGCCCCAAAGAAACUUCGGAAGAAGAGCCCAUUGGAAACCAUUUCGAGCAAAGUCAAGGUAAUACUCAAAUGUGGCAUAUUUUCGGUUGUUGCAAACUCAGUAUAGGGAUAAUGUCAAAGAACAUUCCUUGUUUUGCAGGCAAGUACGGGUUCUAACAAACGGAAGAAAACGAAGGUUCCUGGAAGUGAUAUGGGAAUGGUUUCAGCGCCCAUUCUCCAGUCGCCUCAACAACUACACAUGCCGCUACCGUUCUCCUAUACGAACCUCCUUUUGGGUGGGAACCAAAAUCUUCAGUUCACACAUCACUUGCAAUCCACGUGUCUAAACCCUUCAUUGGCAACAACUCCUACAUUAAAUAUGGAAGGUGAAUAAGUUAGACCGUCUAAUAAAUGUUCAUUAUGUAUAUUUAUUAAUGCUUUGCAAAAAUUGUUCAUUAUGUAUAUUCAUUAUGUAGGUUUGGGAAUGCAUUUUGAAGGAGGAAACACGGAUGCACCUACGGAGGGACCAUGAUGAAAUAACUGGUCCUUACAAGGACGACCCAGCACCUACUUCUUUUGUCCCUGGUGCAGCAUAUCAUGUUCUGCUUGAAGCUUUUGGAGGAAAGGGUUAUCUUGCUGGAACCCAGAUGAACUAAAAGAGGCUCUUGCUGAAUAUUUUUUCAUCACGAAGUCCUACUGUGUUUGUACUUCUACUCAAACAUUGAUCACGGUUUUAACUUUUGUGCACUAGAACAAAAUAUACUUUGAUUAUCCUACAUUCUGAUGUAAGACAAGCAUUUUUUAGCUUCAAUUUCAAGAUUUACCAUUCUACUGCAUUUGUUGGUGUUGUACUUGCACCCAUAUCUCCCAUGGCAAAAACGCAACAUAAUUGGGACCUAACGAGCUAACUAGGCAAACAUGUCGACCCAUAGUUGGCUUGAUCAACGGGUAAUCUGGCUGCAUUCCCAAUUCAAAGAAAGAUAUAAAACAAUGACUGCAUUCCCAAUUCAGUGCUGCCAGCAUAAAGCUCAAUAAAUUACUACAUAGAUAUAAGUCAUAGUAGUUGUAUUAUAUUCUAUUUAAAAAUUCAACAGAAACAAGUUACAUAAAGCUGCUACUAACCUACCAACGGCAAUAAGCAAAGCCUUCGAUGAACGCAGGUUUAAAUCAAAUCCACAAGAACAACAGCUGCAUGAGCAGAUAAAUUUCAUAACUACAAUGCACAGAAGCCAUCGAGUUUUUAAGUAAAUGGCCAAACAAUAAAACAUGAGCAACCAAUUGAUGACAGAACACAAUGGAAAUUGACAACUCAUUAGACCACAGAGCAUUCUUUGUCACAUUCUGGACGAGUAUAUUUAACUUUACAACUGAUGUAUGUUAAAUUAGUUUCUAGGAAACGGAACAUAUCAUUAUGGAAGAUAAUUCAAGAUUGUAGUGCAUACAGGAUAAUUUGGAUACUCCCAGCAAUAAUUUCAUUUACAUAAUUUGAGUUACAAUUUCAUUCGAAACGAAUAAAGUUUAGCUCAGGCCGACGAUUGUCCAUUCUUCUCCCAUUUGGUGACAUGCUCUCCUCGUUUGCGUAUGGUCACGUUCAUAGCAAUCUCCAUGUCUUGAUCACCAGUUAUUCGGCAUCGUGUUUCGAACAUGCAAGACAGAUCCGGAGUGCUGGUGACUAAACUUGAUUCAGCACCCGUUUCCUUCGUUUUCACCCACUCCCAAUAACCACAUUUCACGCUGCACCUUUCGAACAAUUUGCCUUUGUUUUCAGUGUUCUUCUCCACCUCGAAGCACUUCAAAAACGCAUGUUUACACCAUGGGCAAGGUCGUUUAUUCGGGCAUUCCGCAAAAAAAAUGUCCCUUCAAUCUACAACUAUGGCAUACUCCAUAAUUCUUCCCUCUCAUUUUAACCU